AGAGAUUACUAUUGCAAUAUAGUUUGUUACAAACCUUCCCAAUUCCCACCGAAGGACUGCGAGCAAGGUCGAAAGAUUAUCACCUGGAUAUUCUUCUUUAAAUCUAAAAUCACUUCCAGGGUUUCUACAAAUUUCAAGCCCACAGUUCUUGAAAAAAUGUUGAUGGGACAUACGGAGGGCCUAUCUCAACGCCAACACUCGAAGGAUCAUCUUCUAUCUGAUCUAGUAUGUGAGUUGGAUAUUGAUGAAACUGCAGAUUGCUCUGAGCAGAUUCUGUAUGAAGCGUCUUUCAAGGAAUUUGGGAGAUACAGUGUUCAAUAUGACACUAUUAUAUGGCUUUCUAUAUCAUUGCUGCUGGUUUUAGCUUGGGGUUUUGGGAUAAUCAUGCUACUAUAUCUGCCAUAUAGGAGACAUGUGCUUCAGAAGGAUUUUUCCUCGCGCAAAUUAUAUGUCACUCCUAGAGAAAUAGUUUACAAGGUUUCAAGACCUUCAUUCAUACCUUUUUGGGGCACCACAAAAAUUGAGAAGCAUGUUCCUCUUUCCUUGGUGAUUGACAUCAUUAUUGAGCAAGGUUGCUUACAGUCAAUAUACGGAAUUCAUACCUUCAGAGUUGAAAGCAUAGCACGUGGAAAAGCUUCUCCUGUUGAUGAUCUGCAGGUUCAAGGGAUUUCUAACCCUGGUCUCCUGAGAAAGAUGAUUGUAAGAGAAGCUUCAAAAGUUAUUCAAGAUUUUGGCAGAAGUUGGAAUAGAACUUCAAUAACUGCUGAAGGAGAAAGUACCCUUGCUUCAAUAUCAAUGGAGGAAUCAACUGCUUUAAAAUCUCCAUCAAGAGGGUUCAAGACUACUAGAUCAUCCCAUUACGUGUUGAGAGAACACAGAAGUGUACUGUCUCAGGAACUGCUGCUUCAGAAGCUGGAAGAAGUCAGUAGAUCAGUCAAGAAAAUUGAGCAGCUUAUUACAGCCCCAACCUACCCCCAGAAAUAACCUGAGAAAAAGAAACAUCAAACUGGCCUCUGAACCUGUUUUGUUAGUUCAAACUUGACUGAGCACGGGAAAAUAAAUGUGGAUGUGCACUCUGUAUGUAUAAAGUAGGGAAGUAGCUCUGUAAAUUAUAAUUUUCUUGGCAACAUUCACCCCUCCCAAUCUUUGUACUGUAUUCGCUGGAUCCAUCUCUUUAGUAAUUGAUUGAGCUGAUGCUGUGUUUUGUCUGGUAUACAAGGGGACAACGAGGUGCAAAAUCAUUUUUAGUAUUCA